AUGUCUUUCUUCCAACGGGCUCGGGCUGCAAGCCAGAGCGCCCCGGCGUCCUCCAAAUCCUCAAAGCUUGGUGACCUCAACGGGAAUGUGAAUCGCACUGCCGGAGAGACUCGUCGACGCGUCAAGGCUGGCAGCAUACUGGCCGCAUGCGUCUCUGCUGCCGUCCUGCUCACUUGGCUAUCGACUCCGUCGACAAGAGCAAGUGGUGCGGGCUCCGUAACCGAGCCACUGUGCUCGCAGGUGCCGCCUCUGUACCCGCAUGCCCAGAGGGAAUUGUGGGAUGGGCUGUCGAGCACAUUUGCGUCUCCUUCCUUCGUCGACAGAGCGGCGCAUUUGCUGGGUGGGGCAGUUCGAGUUCCGACAGAGGUCUACGACGAGAUGGGUCCCAUUGGCAAGGACACCCGCUGGGAGGUCUUUUCUGAUCUUCAUGACUACCUUCGUGUCGCUUUCCCCCGGGUCCAUGCCUCUCUCGAGUUGACUAAAGUCAACACUUAUGGUCUGGUGUACGUUUGGAAGGGAUCGGAUGUCUCUCUCAAGCCCCUUCUCUUGACUGCACACCAAGACGUUGUGCCCGUGAAUGCAGAGACCUAUGAUCAAUGGGAGCAUCCGCCUUUCUCCGGGUAUUAUGACGGAACCUACGUAUGGGGCAGGGGUAGUGCCGACGACAAGAGUGGCCUGAUUGGUAUUCUGACCUCUGUGGAGCUAUUGCUCGAGAGAGGUUUUCAGCCGAGGCGCGAAAUCACCCUCGCAUUCGGGUUUGACGAAGAAGCAAGUGGAAAAGAGGGAGGGUAUGAAAUUGGGGCGUAUCUUCUUGCAGCGUAUGGAAAAGACGCAUUUGCAAUGCUAGUUGACGAGGGCGGCGAGAUUGAGGAGCUGUAUGGUGGUGUAUUUGCCCUUCCUGCGGUUGCAGAGAAGGGGUAUCUGGACGUGCGUGUUGAUGUGGCGGCACCAGGAGGCCACUCAAGCGUACCACCCGCACACACGACAAUUGGCAUGCUCGCGCAGCUCCUUGUGCAAUAUGAGAACCACCCACCCAAAGUACGGCUUUCUCGCGCAUCACCCAUGUACCAGCACGCGCAGUGCCUUGCAGCCCACGCUCCAGGUCUUUCUUCGUCCCUCCGGGAGGUGAUCAAGAAGUCUGCCACGUCAGACGAAGCAUUGGCCCUUGCAGAGAAGCAGCUCUUCCAGGACCCCGUUUUCAAGGCACUGGUCUCCACGACCCAGGCAGUCGAUAUGGUCGGUGGUGGCGUCAAGUCGAACGCACUCCCAGAAAAUGCGAUGGCUAUCAUCAAUCAUCGCAUUGCCACUGACAGUUCCGUAGCCGCAGUGCAGGAGCAUAGCACUGCCAUCCUAAGACCUUUGGCUGCAGCGUUCAAUCUUUCAUUCACAUCGUUCGGAUCCAGCCUCACAAGUGAGGUGCCUGCAUCCGGGACUCUGACGCUUAGCGACGCCUGGGACUCUGCACUUGAGCCGGCACCCAUCACUCCUACUGGCGAGGACUCUAUGGCGUUCAAGCUACUGUCAGGAUCGAUAAAGGCGACAUAUGAAUCGCAUCGAUUCCUGUCCGGCUCUGAAGACAGCAUUGUAGUGAUCCCUAGCCUUGGAGCUGGCAACACUGAUACGCAAUUCUAUUGGUCGCUCACACCGCAUAUAUUCCGCUAUACGCAUUACGUGACCGGCCCCGGAUCGGGCUCGGACAAGGCGCACACGGUGAACGAAGCGUGCAAGGCCGAUAGCCUCGUCGAGAUGGCCAGGUUCUUUUCGACGCUUAUUCUGAACGUGGAUGAAGGUGCUCUUUAG